CCUAUGGAUUAGAGAGCUAGAUUAAGAAGUGGAUGCCGAUAAAAAUUAUGGAAAUUCCAUGAGCGAUGGUACUUUCCCUGCAAAUGCAAACUUGUGUACAUUGUUGGUGACAUUGAUAACAAUUCAAAGGACAGUUACCAGAUUGAACUGUCUUUGGACAAACUGGCCUUGAAAAUGAGACAGCUCCUGCUCCUACUCCAUCUUCUAGUGCCUUUGGUGCAAUGGCUAGUUUUCUUGUUCCCAAGCUUUCAGUUGGGCUGCCUUCAUCUACAGAUAAGUCUUCUGGCUCUGUUGAUCAAUCUAAAAUCUUGAAGAAAGAAAGACAUGCAGUUCGUCCACCUGUGCAGCAUAAUUGGUCUCUUCCUGGAAGCAAUGUACAUACGAAACCACCACAGAUUUUUCAGCAUGAAUUGCUUCAGAAUUUCGCAAUUAAUAUGUUCUGCAAGAUUCCAGUGAAGAAGGUCAAGACAUAUGGUGACUUGCGUAAUGUUUUGAUGAAGAGAAUAUUUCUAUCUGCCUUGCAUUUUCGCAUUAAUACGCGAUACAAGAGUUCAAAUCCACCCUUCACCUCAAUUGAAUUGGAUCAUAGCGAUUCUGGAAGGGAAGGAUGCACUGUAACAACACUUACAGUAACUGCGGAGCCCAAGAAUUGGCAGGGUGCAAUUCAAGUUGCUGUUCAAGAGGUCCGAAGGCUUAAAGAAUUUGGUGUUACAAACGGUGAAUUAACUCGUUACAUGGAUGCACUUCUAAAAGAUAGUGAACAUCUAGCAGCUAUGAUUGAUAAUGUGUCUUCUGUUGAUAAUCUGGAAUUUAUUAUGGAGAGUGAUGCACUGGGCCAUACUGUGAUGGAUCAGAGACAAGGCCAUGAGAGUUUGGUUGCUGUCGCUGGGACGGUCUCUCUUGAAGAGGUUAAUUCUAUUGGUGCGGAGGUAUUAGAAUUUAUCUCAGAUUUUGGGAAACCCACUGCACCGCUUCCUGCAGCAAUUGUUGCAUGUGUUCCAAAUAAAGUGCACAUUGAUGGAGUGGGUGAAACUGAAUUUAAGAUAUCACCAAGUGAAAUUACGGCCGCUAUAAAAUCAGGAUUAGACGAACCAAUUGAGGCUGAGCCAGAGCUUGAAGUGCCAAAAGAACUGAUAUCUUCGUCACAGUUAGAAGAGUUACUAUCAAAACGCCAACCUUCUUUUGUUCCUUUACUUCCAGAAAAUGUCGAAAGAUUGCAUGACAUGGAGACAGGAAUCACUCGAUGUCGUCUUUCAAAUGGAAUUGCUGUAAACUACAAGAUUUCAAGAAGUGAAUCCCGGGGAGGCGUAAUGCGGCUUAUAGUUGGUGGAGGGCGAGCUAAUGAAACUUCCGAGUCAAAAGGAGCUGUUAUUGUGGGUGUUCGAACUCUCAGUGAGGGAGGUCGUGUUGGAAACUUUUCCAGGGAGCAGGUAGAACUUUUUUGUGUGAAUCACCUGAUAAAUUGCUCUUUGGAGUCAACAGAGGAAUUCAUCUGUAUGGAGUUCCGUUUUACUUUACGAGACAAUGGUAUGCGAGCAGCAUUUGAGCUACUUCACAUGGUGCUCGAGCAUAGUGUCUGGCUGGAUGAUGCAUUUGAUAGAGCAAGGCAAUUGUAUUUGUCUUACUACCGGUCCAUUCCGAAAAGCUUGGAACGUGCAACUGCUCAUAAACUCAUGAAAGCAAUGUUGAAUGGUGAUGAGCGAUUUGUUGAACCAACACCACAAUCAUUACAAAAUUUAACAUUGAAAUCUGUAAAGGAUGCAGUGAUGAAUCAGUUUGUAGGUGGUAACAUGGAGGUAAGUAUUGUGGGCGACUUUUCUCGGGAGGAGAUUGAGUCUUGUAUUAUUGAUUACCUUGGCACGGUUGGAGCAACAAGAGAUUCCUGUGGAGAACAAGAGUUCAGCCCAGUCUUGUUUCGACCAUCCCCAUCUGAUCUACAGUUUCAACAGGUAUUCCUGAAGGAUACAGAUGAAAGAGCAUGUGCUUACAUUGCUGGUCCUGCACCAAACCGCUGGGGGUUCACAGUUGAUGGAAAAGACCUGUUCGAGUCAAUCAGUGACUUUUCAGUAGCCUCAGAUGUACAACCAAUAUCAGAGGAACAACUGGUAGAGGGGAAGGAUGUUCAGAAAUAUUCACAAGCAAAACUUCGCAGUCAUCCGCUUUUCUUUGGCAUAACAAUGGGGCUGCUUGCUGAGAUCAUAAAUUCAAGACUUUUUACCACAGUCCGAGAUUCUCUUGGAUUGACAUAUGAUGUGUCAUUUGAGUUGAGCCUUUUUGAUAGACUCAAGCUUGGAUGGUAUGUGAUAUCUGUAACAUCAACUCCAGGCAAGGUAUAUAAAGCUGUUGAUGCAUGCAAGAGUGUUCUAAGAGGGUUGCAUAGCAACAAGAUCGUCCAAAGAGAGUUGGAUAGGGCUAAACGAACGCUUCUGAUGAGACAUGAAGCUGAGAUCAAGUCAAACCCCUAUUGGCUCGGAUUGAUGGCUCACUUGCAGGCUUCUUCUGUUCCAAGGAAGAACAUCUCUUGCAUUAAAGAUCUCACUUCACUGUAUGAGGCUGCUACUAUUGAGGACAUAUACCUUGCAUAUGAACAAUUGAAGGUAGAUGAGGAUUCUCUCUAUUCAUGCAUUGGGGUUGCUGGCAGUCAGGCUGGCGAUGAGAUUACUGCUCCCUUAGAAGAAGAAACAGGCAACAGCUAUCCGGGGGUUAUACCAGUAGGACGCGGUUUAUCUACAAUGACAAGGCCUACGACUUAACCUUCCUGUAUAUCAGUGUGGUGAUGCAAUUAAUUGAAUGGUGGAGAUUAGAGGCUCGACGCAGCAACUGAACUUUUAUCAGAAUGGCAAUUACUGGAAAUGCAAUGUUAUCCUUUUUUCCCCACUUCAGAGAUUAUCGAAGUCUACUUACUGAUAUGUGCCUCCUCUUUCUCAAAUUAUAAUUAGCUCAAGCGCAAGAUUGAAGCAUUAGACAUUGAAAUAAGGUAAUUUAUUUGCAUUGUCAACAUGUUUAAGCCAUUGAAAUUUUUAUAAAAUGCAGUGUACAGAUGUUCUUUCACCAUUUGAGGAGAUGAAAUUCAUAGUUUACACAGGUGCAAAUUAUCUCAAAUUGUAAAUUUACAAAUUUUGCAGACCGUAUGGGAAAAGUUUAUUUUUAGAUGAACGAGCGGAGCCUUCCCUUGCAUGUACGUAUAUUUGUUUUUGAAUAUAAUAGUGCAGCUACUUUUUUAA